GGCUAGUGUAGACCGCACGAUGAAUAAACAUUUACGCAUUGCAUUUCGAACAAAACAGUCACAGAGUGGUCCUGUUCGUCCGUGUUCCUAAAUUUUCUGCGAUGGCUAGUGCUACGAAAACAAUUGUCGGUGUUUCAUGCCUGCUUGCGCUUGCACUUGCGCUGAGUCAUUCGGCAGAAGCAGCUCGGUGCGAUGGUCUGCCCGGAGGAACGUUGUUGGUGCACGAGGAUUUUACCGCAUGCAAUCGGUACGUAGCCUGUCAGCACGAGGUCGAUCACGAGUGGUUCUGCCCGCCAGGAGAAUUUUUCAACGCACGUAACCUACAAUGUGAAUCGAGCUGUCCCAUGGAAAGAGAACGCUCAUGGUGUGGUGGAGUACCGGACGGCGUCUUCAUACGCGUACCACCGACGGAACCUGCGAAUUGUCAAAACUACUAUACGUGUUUUGGAGGAAAUAUGUAUUUGAACACAUGCCCUCCUGGAUUUUUCUUUUCCCAAGUACUCCAGGCGUGUGGUGUGAAUCAAGCGGAUUGUUGAAUAAAGCUUUUAACAUAAAUCGUAUAUCCUAAA